GACUACAUAUUAUCGCUUAGACAUUUGUAAAUUUCUCUGAACAGUGAUUAUCCUGUUUCAAAGACGAUUUAAGUAGUUAUCAAAAAAUCUUUUGUUUGUUUUUUUCAUGCCUGGCAUCAGAACCUGGGGCUCUGAUUAAGAAAACGAAAGACAAGAAAGAACAGAAAGUGAGAGACCAUGGAUGCAGAGAAAGUAAUGAAUGUGGAGAUGAAAGAGCUCACUCCAACAGAAGUACAUGAUGAGAAAGAUGCAGAGAAAGAUGGAAUGAAAGGCACAGCAGCUAAAAAUGAGGAAGAAGAAGGAGAAGUAGAAGAGAAAGAAGAUCAUGUGUAUAGCAAACUGAAGAAUCCGGCAGAAGAAAUUUAUUGUUUGGCUGAAAACCCUGUUUCUACUCCAAAACCUAAUGAAGAUGUGUACAGACGAAUUCAUAUGUACAAGUGGAUUUCUGCUCUUUUCACCAUUCUCUCUAUAGUCCUACUGGCUGUGGUUUUUGCUCUGGCUAUGAAGUUGUCUGAGGUUCAGUCCAUCCAGCAGUGCCCAGAGACACCUGAAGUUAAAAGAUCUAAAGACUUGAAUUGUACCCGCCAACUGUGCCAGUCCAUGUACCCCCAAAUACAGGCUGCCCAGCACUAUGGGCAUCUGUGCCCUCAUUGUAGGAGGGGCUGGAUAAUGUUUGAGAAAACCUGCUACUUCAAAUCUAAGGAGCGUCUAAGCUGGCAGCAAAGUAGUGAGGAGUGUAAGAAAAAGGGUGGACACCUGGCUGUGAUCGAAAAUGAAGAUGUGCAGAAAUUCCUAACUGAGAUUGGGGGCCUGCUGUACUGGAUUGGACUUCGUUAUGUAGAGAAGCAACAGUGGACAUGGAUUGACAAUACCAUACCAACCAAGAGCUACUGGGCCAAUGACCAACCAAAUCCAGACACUCAAGGCGGUUGUGCGUUUCUGAGAGGACAUACAACUGAGAUGAGCAACUGGUAUUCAACCCCCUGUGAGGUGGUCACACAGUAUAUCUGCCAGAAGGAUUAAAAGAGGAGAAAGAUCAUGCAGUCACGUACAAUACAUCUGCCAUAUCUCUCUUUAAUAUCAUACUUUCAGUCCUUUACUUCACAUUUUACAAAUGCAGUUCAGUUACAAAUCAGUACAUCUUGUUCUAUAAGGCACAAUUAAGUAGCCAUGCUAUGUAUGUUUUCCAUGAUUGAGAAAAGAAGACAUGAUACAUUUAUAUGUUAAGAGUGACAAUAUACUUUCUUUUUAUAUGAAUUACACUGCUACAAAAUCUUUUUGCACUAGACCUUGUUUCUAUUUCAUAAAAUAUAUUCAGAAUGUGUUAGGGAACUAAAUAUACACAACACUAGCUGCUUUUAAAAUACAGUACGUUAUGUGAUUCCAUUGAAUAUCAUUAGUUAUUUAUUAGUGAUUGCCUUUAACUUUGCACUUUGUAAUUCCCUGUAGACUACACUAUUUCUGUCAUGUGAUUUUUUUCAUUUAAUAAACUUACUGAAUUGAUUGCUCAGCAAUAA